CUGCAGCUGAAUUCAGAAUGGCAUCAGAAAAGGCCACAAAAAAAGAUGUGCUGAAGGGUGAGGAGCAGCAGCAAGAGAGCGCUGUCAAUCGUGUCACCAGCUUGCCCUUGCUCAACUCUGCAUUUAACCUGGUCUCAUCUGCCUACAACUAUACGAAGGAGACGCACCCGUACCUCAGCGGUGUCUGCAACGUGGCUGAGACCGUGGCUGCCGUCGCAGUAGGCAGCGUGGUCGGUGGGGCACAGCCCAUCCUGAACCAACUUGAGCCACAAAUUGCUCUUGUAAAUGAAUAUGCCUGUAAAGGACUGGAUCAACUGGAGGAGAACUUGCCUUUUCUUCAAGAGCCAGCAGACAAGGUAAUCUCAGACACCAAGCAGCUGGUUUCCACCAAAGUGACAUCUGCUCUGGAUGCUGCCUGUGAGGCAAAAGAAGCAAUGGCUGAUAAAGUGACUGAAGCUAUGGACCUCACCAAAAACGUUGUUGGGGACAGUGUCAAGCUGACAAGGUCAAUGGUCACCUCCACUGUUAACAGCGCUGUGGAGGCUGCUCAGGGAGCCAAGGACCUUGUGACGAACAAGGUGACCGAAGCCGUGGACCUCAGUAAACACUUUGUGGAGGACAGCGUUGGAAUGACCAAGUCUGCAGUUGCUUCUACUAUUGUCAAUGCUGUGGAAGCUGCCCAAGGUGCCAAAGACCUUGUGACGAACAAGGUGACUGAAGCCGUGGACCUCAGUAAACACUUUGUGGAGGACAGUGUUGGAACAACCAAGUCUGCAGUUACUUCUACUAUUGUCAAUGCUGUGGAAGCUGCCCAAGGUGCCAAACACCUUGUGUCUAACAAGGUCACCGAAGUUGUGGAAGCUGCCCAAGGUGCCAAGGACCUUGUGACGAACAAGGUGACCGAAGCCGUGGACCUCAGUAAACACUUUGUGGAGGACAGCGUUGGAAUGACCAAGUCUGCAGUUGCUUCUACUAUUGUCAAUGCUGUGGAAGCUGCUCAAGGUGCCAAAGACCUUGUGACUAACAAGGUGACCGAAGCUGUGGAAGCUGCUCAGGGGGCCAAGGACCUUGUGACGAACAAGGUGACCGAAGCCGUGGACCUCAGUAAACACUUUGUGGAGGACAGCGUUGGAAUGACCAAGUCUGCAGUUGCUUCUACUAUUGUCAAUGCUGUGGAAGCUGCCCAAGGUGCCAAAGACCUUGUGACGAACAAGGUCACCGAAGCCGUGGACCUCACUAAACAUCUCAUGGAGGACAGUGUUGGCCGGACCAAGUCUGCAGUUACUUCUACUAUUACUGCUGCUGUCGGGGCUGCCCAGGGUGCAAAGGAUCUUGUGACCAACAGAGUGACUGAAGCGAUGGACCUGACCAAAGAGGCCGUUCAGGACAGUGUUGAGAAGACCAAAUCGAUGGUCGCUUCUACAGUCAAUACAGCUCUGGAUACUGCGUAUGGCACCACAGUGGCAGGCGGUGUGGAAUCUGUCCUGGGCAUGUCAGAAGAUCUGGUGGAUCAGUACCUCCCGAUGACAGAGGAAGAACUAGGUAAACUUGCCACAACGGUCGAGGGAUUCUGCAUGGCUUCUGUGGAGGAGCAGAAACAGCAGCAGAGUUACUUUGUGCGGCUGGGUUCCCUCUCUAACAAAGUCCGCCACCGAGCCUACCGGCUCUCCCUGAACAAACUGCAGCGUGUUAAGCAAAGCACCCAGGAUACUCUCUCACGACUACAACUGGCAAUAAAAUUGAUUGAAUCUGUGAAAGAAGAGGUCGGCCAGAAGCUUCUGGAUGGGCAGGAGAAGCUCCAUCAGCUGUGGGUGGACUGGAGCCUGACCCAACCCAAAGGAAACCAAGUUAAAACUGCCUCCCAAGUAGAGGUAGAGCCUCGGACUUUAGCUAUGCUGCGUAUCAUCACCCAGCAGCUACAGCCUGUCUAUGAGAAUCUGAAAGCCAGCAUCCAAGGCCUGCCCACCAACAUCCAAGAAGCUGUGUAUCAAGCCACUCGAAGUAUCCACAAGCUCCACGGUUCUUUUUCCAGCGCUAUGUCUUUCCAGGACCUCUCCAGCACCACCCUAAGCCAGAGCCAGGACUGUGUGGCAGAAGCCCGCAGGUCCCUAGACGACCUGUUUGCGUACGUAACUCAGAACACCCCUCUGAACUGGCUUGUGGGGCCCUUCAGG